AUGGCUCCGCUCUCCGUCCCCGUCCACCCGCCAAUCGCUCCCAUCCCCGUCCCGCCGCCGCCACUUCCUCCGCCGGGGGCGGAGGCGAGGCCGACUACGAGGUCUCCGACGACCACCGCGCCGCGUGGGAGCGUCACGAGCAAUCGGUGCAGGAGCUCCUCUAGCAGCGCCGCGCCUACGCCAUGGCCGUGCGGGCCUGCCUCCGCCGCCUCGGCGAGCGCAAAAUGGAGCGCCACAACCGCCUCCGAGCCCUCAUGGUCCGGCUCGAGGCCGAUGGCCAGGUCGACCGUCUCCUCGCGCGCGCUGGAGGACGACCACGCUGCGCGCACCGGCGAGGAGGAGCAGAUCCAGUACCCCUUCUUCACCAAGGGCACGCAGGAGCUUCUCAAGGCGCGUGUCGACAUUACACAGUACUCGCUGCCCCGUGCCAAGGCCAGGAUUGAGAUGGCCAAGCGCUGCCAUGAGGAUUCCGAUGAGGACCCAGAGGCGGAGGCCAAACUCGUCGUGAAGCAGGGUGGAGAGUUUGUCCUGGAGUGUAGCGAGAUUGGAGAUGAUCGCCCUCUCAUCGGUUGUUCCUUCUCUUAUGAUGCAUCAAUGCUGGCCACAAGGUGA